ACGGCAGGCGGAGCUGGCGGCGGAGGAGGCGGAGGCUGGGACUGAGUCAUUGCGCUCCUGCUGCUAAUCCGGGCGGAGAGCAAAACACCGCCGCCGCCGCCGAGGAAGCCUCCGGAGGCGAGUCGAGGCCCCAUGCAGACGCCCAAGCCCUCCCAGCUCCUCCUGGGGCUCGCCUUCCUCGCCUCUCUCCUGCCCGGCGCCAAGAGUGAUUCCUGUGAAGUGAAUCAAUGUCUGAAUGGAGGGACCUGCCUCACCGGUAUCGACGACUCUCCUUUCUUCUGCAUUUGUGCCGAGGGAUUCAGUGGGAUCAAUUGCAACGAGACCGAGAAAGGGCCCUGCCACCCCAAUCCUUGCCAGAACGGCGGGGUGUGUGAACUGGUUCCCAACCGAGGAGAUGUCUUCACGGAAUACAUCUGCAGGUGCCCCGAAGGCUAUGACGGCAAACUUUGCCAGAAGAAUAUGAAUGAAUGUGCAUCGCAGCCCUGUAAGAAUGGAGGCAUCUGCUUGGAUCUUAAUGGCGACUAUGCCUGCAAAUGUAGUUCACCCUACAUUGGGAAGACCUGCCAUAUCCGCUGCGGAGACGUACUGGGAAUGGAGACGGGAGCCAUCGCCAACUCCCAGCUCACGUCCUCGUCGGUGCAUUUUGGCUUCCUUGGCCUGCAGCGCUGGGGUCCGGAGUUGGCUCGCCUCAACAACAAAGGGAUCGUGAAUGCCUGGACCUCCAGCAACUACGACCGCAGCCCUUGGAUUCAGGCAAACCUGCUGAGAAAAAUGAGGCUGUCUGGGGUUGCCACACAAGGGGCACGUCGUGCAGGCCGAGCAGAAUAUGUCCGGGCUUAUAAAGUGGCCUACAGCCAGGAUGGGCGCGAGUUCGUCUUCUGCAAGGAUGAGGAGCUGGACCAGGAGAAGGUUUUCUCAGGCAAUAUAGACAACGACGGUACUGUGACCAAUAUGUUUAAUCCUCCCAUCACCGCUCAGUAUAUCCGCAUCUACCCUGUGGUCUGUCGGAGAGCCUGCACCGUGCGCUUGGAGCUCAUUGGCUGUGAAAUGAAUGUGUAUUUCAACAUGGCAGGUUGCUCGGAGCCACUGGGCAUGAAAUCCCGCCUCAUCUCUGACCAGCAGAUCUCCGCUUCCAGUGUGUACAAGACGUGGGGCAUUGAUGCGUUCACUUGGUAUCCGCACUAUGCACGCCUCGACAAGACGGGAAAGAGCAACGCCUGGGCGGCCCUCCACAACAAGCAGGGCGAAUGGCUACAGAUUGAUCUUGAGACUCAGAAAAAGGUGGCUGGGAUUGUCACGCAAGGGGCUCGUGAUUUUGGCCACAUUCAGUAUGUCGCUGCCUACAAAGUCGCUUACAGCGAUGACGGGAAGUACUGGAUGCUUUACAAGGACAGCAAGACAAACGGCACCAAGAUAUUCGAAGGGAAUUCCGACAAUUAUUCUCACAAGAAGAAUGUUUUUGACGUGCCCUUCUAUGCCCGGUUUGUGCGCAUCUUGCCCGAGUCCUGGCACAACCGCAUCACCUUGCGCGUGGAGCUUCUGGGCUGCGACGAGUAGCAGUCCCCUUGCCAAAGGGACUCGAGAGGUGGACUAGUUGUUCCCUUGCCCGUUUUGACCAUUUUCCUGCCCCGGAGUCACGGCGCUUGCAGCCCCAACAUCCCUCCUCCCUGUUUUAGCCCAAGAAUCGUGAUCGUAAGGAUCGGGAGGGGAGGCAACGUCGUAGAUGGAGCCGGCCUCUAUGUGAACGGGGUGCUUCUUUCCUCGUCUCCCUCCUUCUCUCCCUUGUUGUUAUCUCUCCCCUUUGCUUUCAGAGAACUGCAUGACCACACACCCUUGCAUUUCUCAUGGGUCCUUAGCACUGCACUUUAAGAGCCUAUGACCGUGACAGAGCCCUUGCUUUUGCAGGCCCCAUUCCAUCUACCAAGAUACAGUCUCCCUUAAUGCAAUAACACACUGCAAACUUGAGCUAGCUUCACCAUCAUUCUUUUUCUCCGGGGUCCAGAGGGACCUCGGGUUGGGAAUAGGAGGGUCUCAAACUCCUUUCAGGAUUUCCUGGAGGAAGCCAUGGCAGUUGAACUGGCCCAAGACCCGGUUCUGCAAUCCAGACACAAUAUUAGUCAUCGACAGAACUGUGCCUGUUCUAAAAAAAAAUCCAGACUUUUUAUACCAAGAAAGGCUGGACUUCACAAUCUAUAUAUAUAUAUAACGGUAAUGAAAUUUCGGCCUAGGACAAAACAACAAAACUACGCAUCCCAGAAACACUAAACUUGGCAGCACAACCCCUCAUCCAUGCCUCUACGUUCAUACAACAAAAAGAAAAGAAAAAUAAAGUCCUAAUUAGAGGGAAAUGAAUAAUUGUUUUCAUCCAAUUGCUGCCAGUUAAAAGGCUAAGCUCUGUCCACUUGGUCUCCUAGCAACCCACUCAGCCCAGAGGACAGGCAGAGUUAGGCCUCACUUAGGCCUAUUCCCCACUGCCUAAAAAAUACAGAUUAUCAGAUUUAAACUGGAUCAUAACCCAUUUAUAAUCUUAUAUUAUCUGCUUUGAACUGGAUUAUCUUGACUCCACACUGCCAUAUAAUCCACUUCAGUGUGCAGUCGGACACAAAGGUGGAGGCAUUACUUUUCAUUCAACCUGCAUACAUACAUACAUGCUAACAAGUUUGCUUUCCCAGCCACAAGAGCCAGGAAACUGGGCCUUCUCCAAGCAGUGAAUGCUAGACUUGUUUUGCCUCCAUUCUACCAUCGUUUGCACUCUGAUCCUGUCGUCUCCAAAUUCGUUCCCCAAUAGCAUUUCUCAGGAUGCCAAACAUUGGAGAAAGAGUCCCUUAAAGGGUGAGCUCUCAGAUCUGCAAAACCAUACCCAGACUGUGGGGAGGGGGUGGGAGAAGCCCACCUCUCUCCCUUUUGCAAAUGGAUUUUGCCCAUCUUGAUUUUUGCCACCAAUUUCCUCAAGUGCUCUACAUUCUCAGGUUGGCACAGAGUUUGUGCGUAAAAGAGGCCAUAUGAAAAAAAUAGGGUUUUGUGAAGCCACAGAGGGACGGAAAAGGACAGAUUUUGACAUUACAACCAGAGUUUGGAAACAAUAUGUUUUUGGACUGCAACUCCCAGAAAUCCCCAGCUGGUCCACAAAUAUACACAAAAAGGGUUCCCAAGCUUUGAUUAAAACCAUUGUGGAUUUCCCCUUGAAAGGUGUUUGUUUGCGGGUCGGGAUAAACACGCAUGGCUUCCAAUAAGACAGGCCUUGGUUGGGAGGGCUGAUGCCUGAGAUCUGGAAGAAAUUAUCCCCAAGCACAGAAAUACAGCGCUGUAGGAUGUCCUGAUGGUGGUGACUGUGGCUUCCCAGCAAGGCGCAGUACUCAGCAAAGAUUUACAGUAUUAAAACAACUCUUUAAAAUUA